GUGCCUGCUUCGAGGCGAAUUUUCCAUCGAGUGUAAGGGCAGCUAAUCCGAAAGCAGUUGAAUAAAUUCCGGGUCCCAGUCCGUUAAUUUUUUAUUUCUUAGACGCCCGCUGCUGCUGCAAAGGACUCGGUAACUGGCCGCCCAACUCCGCGAAAACGAAAGUGAUAAUCAGCAGAUUGGUAUCUUAUUUAGAUCUGAUAAAAAAUUUGACUAGGCUCUGAAAUCAAUUGCGUGUAGUAGUUAAAGCGUCUAAAAAAGAAUUCGGAAUCCACAGCCUCCCAAGCGACUCAUUUGCUCCGAUCCCCAACCGCGGUCCUGUGAAAAAUCGAUUUCAGUUAUCCUGUGCCACUGAGCUGUCAACUCCAGAGCUUUCGCUUUCACACUGCAGUGAAAACAAUCUCGCGACUUGCCGUGGGGUCCUGGUGCAAUGAAUUCCGUGUGAAGGACGCUGCCCUCGCCAGGAUCCUCGCAUGAGCCAAGAUGAUCGUUACGUCUGCUUCUGGCCUGGAUAGCACUCCGACGCUGGGCACCGUCGAAGUGACAACGCUGCUGGGCGCCUUCUUCGGCGUCCUUGUCCUGCUGCUCCUUCUGUUCCUGUACAUCAGUCGCAAGUGCUGCUUUCACUACCGCCAUGCCAUCAACUGCUGCGACGAGCGCCACUUGGCGGCCAAGUGUGUGCAGAAGAUCACGCGCAAGCGGCGCUACGAGAACACCAGCUCCGACUCGGAGGAGGACAUCCUGCGCCGCCUGCGGUGGCACCAGCAGCACCAGCUGGGCGAGAAGCCGGGAGGAUACGGGCUGGGGAUCAGCCAGGCGAAUCCGCUAACAGCGCAGAGCUUCAACUACCAUCACUCCGGCACCGACCUGCAGCGGGUGACAGUGACGCGUGACCCCUUGGCCAUCGCCGAGCGGGGCAAGGUCGGCAUCCCGUCUUCGCACAGCGAGUGCAGCUCAAACGACUCCAUGGAGGCCUCCGUGGACAGCCACACAGGCAUUCUGACGGGCGUGACCAAAGCUACAGCUACAGCCCCUCACCUGGCGACAUCCUUUCGCAAUCCGUGUGCAGAACACCGGGCCAAGACGCAGGCUCUGAGGUACCAGCAAAGGGUCGAGGUGGUUGCUCCGCCCAAGAUGGAGAAGGAGCGUGACAACGUGGUGGUGGUGCCGGUGGCCAGUACCUACAACAUUAACAACAACAACUCAAUUGCUACCAGCAACAACAAUAAUACCAGCAGCAACAACAACAAUACCAGCAGCAACAACAACGAUGACGAGCCCUUGUUCGACACCAGCGACUUGCGCUCGAUCAAGUCGGAUGACCUGUUGGUCGGGGUCGAUCCCAAGGGGGCGCCCGUCCAGCGCGGACCCAUCGAGCUGGAGCUGUCUCUGCUGUACGACGCCCCCAUGCGGAAGAUGACUGUGCACGUGAUGCAGGCCAGAAGUCUUCCGCCCUUGGCCAGUGGUCAGCCCACCCACACGCAAGUGCGGAUGCUAAUGCUGCCCAGCAAGAAGCAGAAGCUCAAGACCAAGAUCCGCAGCGGCGAGAACCCCCAAUACAUGGAGAGCUUCCUGCUGCACCGCGUCAACCCGGAGGAGGUGAACAACAUGGGGCUGCGGGUGCGCCUGUACGGCUGCGAGCGGCUGCGCAAGGAGCGGCUGAUCGGGGAGGCGUACGUGAGCUUCGCCACCGUGGACUUGGAGCUGGAGACGAAUCUGUGGCUGCCGCUGGAGCCCCGCAAUACCUCCUCGGGGCUGGGGUCCACCAGCGACCUGCUAAGCCUGGCGCGGUCGGAGAGUGCGGGCUCUACUUCGUCCAUGCAGCAUGGGGGAGUCUCCGAGCUGCUGCUGGGCCUGAGCUACAAUGGGGUCACCGGGCGGCUAAGCGUGGAGAUCAUCAAGGGCAGCCAGUUCCGCAGCCUAUCGCUGAACAAGGCGCCCGACACGUACGUCAAGCUUGUCAUGGUCAGUAGCAUCGGGCAGGAGAUUUCCAGGGCCAAGACUUCGAUCCGCAGAGGCCAGCCCAAUCCACUCUUCAAGGAGACAUUCGCCUUCCAGGUGGCCCUGUUCCAGCUCAACGAUGUCACGCUGAUGAUCUCCGUGUACGCCAAGAGGCAUAUGAAGAAGAACGAGAUGGUCGGCUGGUUCAGCAUGGGCCUGAACUCGUCCGGAUCAGAGGAGGUGGCGCACUGGGCGGACGUGUGCGAGAUGCCUAAGGGCGAGAUGCUGGCGCGCUGGCACGUGCUGGUGGACUCCUGAUUCGAGCAGCUGGGCCAGUCCUCUGGACGCAGCGGAAAGGCCCUCAGGAAGCUGGGCCUCGCUGCGUUCAAGGACCGGUCCCGCGAGAAAGCCUCAAAGGAGUCGUGUCUUGAGGACGACGGUGUUCAAUUCCCUGCAGACAAUGCGGUUGCAGUCGAUAUUGAGCCGGGCCUGGAGCUCGACUUUGUCUGAAGCAUAGGUCGGUGUUUGUGAUUUGUUUUUACGCGGGACAAUACUCGUACGACGACUGAUGUUGUCGAGUAUUUGCUCCGGGAUGAGACCGACCAAAAGGUUUGGGUCAUCCCAUCAAUCUAGCCCAAAACGGGCGAUAAAAUAUUUGUAAUUUGGAAUCAAUUUGGCACACAUUUUAUUCAUAAAGUGUGAAAAAUAUAAAAAACUAAAAAGGGAAAAACCUAG